AUGUCCAAUCCAAGCGGUAACGGCCAUGUCCAAGUCCAGAACACCACCACCAAGAUCGACAAGCGGGAUUUCGACGCCCAUCGGCCGCUUCUGGCCGGCGAGGAGGCGGGUGACGCACAUGGACGCGUCGGUCGUGGACGUGGACGUGCCCUGUCCGGAUCAAGGGCAGACGGAAGCGGCGGCGAUGAUGAUGAUGGUCGCAGUGACGGUCUUCUGAGCGACGUGGUGGAGGAGAUUGUGGAGCGGGAUCGGAGAAGAUUGAAGAAGGAGAUUGUGAGGUUUUUCAGCUUUGUCUGGGGUGUUGUUAGCUGUCUCGGUGCUGGGAGUAUCACCGCCUUCUCGCUUUACGGCCCUUUGCUGCUUACCCGGCUACACUAUACCCAAGACCGAGUCAAUGCUGUCGCGGUCGCCGCCGAGAUCGCCAUGUACCUGCCCGUCUCAAUUUUCGGAUACCUGUGUGAUCGCUACUCGCCGUCUCCGGUGUCGUGUCUAGCCGGAAUCCUCUUUGGAGCAGGCUAUUUUCUAGCCGCCUUUUCGUACAAGAGCGGUCCGCCGGUCGACGCGGGCGGGACCGGGUGGCCGUUUUGGGUCAUGGUUGUGGCCUUCGUCCUCGUGGGUGCUGGCACCUGCUGCAUGUACGGGGCUGCGGUGACGACGUGCGCGAAGAACUUUGGCCGAGGGAAACACAAGGGCAUCAUGCUGGCCGUUCCGAUUGCGGCGUUCGGCCUCAGCGGCAUGUGGCAGAGCCAGGUCGGGACGUAUCUCCUGUGCGAGAGACUAGAGGACGGCUCCUGCGGCGACGUGGACGUGUUUCGGUACUUUGUGUUCCUGGCGCUGUUGCUUCUCUGCCUCGGCCUCGGAGGCACGUUCGCGUUGAGGAUCGUCGACGGCGAAGAGGAGGAGAAGUACAUCAACGAGGCCGUCUCUGAGCUGGAGCGGAGCGGUAUUCUCGGCGAGAACGACUUCUUCCGCCCCCGGGAGGAGGUCCGGGCUGCAUAUGGCACAUUUCAGCAAGAACAACAAGAACAUGAUGGGGCAGAAGGGGAUGAGCAGCAGCAGUCGCUGACGCUAUCGGACGAAGAGCGCGAGGAGCGACGACGCCAGAAGCAACGGGAGGAAGAGGAGCGCAGGAAGAAGAACUGGCUUCUGAACCAGGAGACGCGACUCUUUCUGAAGGACCAUACCAUGUGGUGGCUCGCAGCGGGUUUCUUCUUCGUUACAGGGCCUGGAGAGGCAUAUUUCAACAAUCUAGGGACUAUUAUCCGAACCCUGACGCCCGUUUCGUCCCCUCUCCAUGCUCCACCGCCAGCAGGCCUGCCCUCGACGCACGUCAGCACCAUCGCCCUGACAUCGACCGUCGCACGGCUCCUGACGGGGUCUAUCACGGACAUGUUCGCCCCUCCAGCAACACACCUCUGGAUCUACAGCCUGGACAACCCUAACCGACAACCGAUCCCGCGCCAGGACGGGCCGACCUUCUCGCGCCUCGCCUUCCUCCUACCUUGCGCAUUCAUCCUCUCCCUCGGCUUCCUGCUACUUGCCAUCCCCCAGCUAACCCUGCACCACCCGCAGCUGCUGCACGCCACGAGCGCGCUCGUCGGCUUCGGCUACGGCGCCUCCUUCGCGCUCAUGCCCAUCAUCAUCUCCGUCGUCUGGGGCGUCGAGAACUUCGGCACAAACUGGGGUCUUGUCGCCAUGGUUCCUGCUGCCGGAGCCGCGGUGUGGGGGACCGUCUAUUCGCGCGGCUACCAGAAUGGUAUCGACGCCGGGAGUGGCGGCGGCGGCGGCGGUGGUGGUGCUGACAGGCAGCAAGGCCAGUGCUUCGGAUGGCAAUGCUACGGGUUCUGGGCCAUUGGGUGCACGCUGAGCGUGUGGGCGGCCAUGAUUGUGUGGACGCUUGCCUGGAGAGGAUGGAGGAGGAGAGGUGUUGUAGUUUAG